AUGAAGGUCACCACUUGCCUCUCCGGAGGCCUUACCCUGCUCCUCGGCCUUUUGCUCGCCGGCCUCACUUUCGCUGCCGGCGCUGGUGAGACGGGAUUGGCCACCGCCCCUGACAAGCUCACGCGCAACGUUGUCACGACGUCCUUCUCUCCGAACUAUGACAAGUGGGCCGGUGUGGUGUUCCCGCAGCCUCCUUCUUCCGGUCACUUCACCGCGGUUCAGGCAAGCUUCACGGUCCCUAAGGUCACCAUUCCUGUCGGAUUCCCGCCCGAGGAUUACUGGGAGGCUGCUAUCAAUGUCGGUUUUGGUGGUACCACAGGCAGCAACAACUACUGGAUCCAAGUCGGUAUCCUCUUAACCGUCCAGGCCUCUGGCGAGAGUACGUACCGCGCCUUCCACGUGUGGUAUCCGAAGAGCGAUGCAAUCUUCGACGACUCUGAGCUGGCCAUCUCCGAGGGAGAUGUGGUCACAAUGCGCGUCGAGGCAUACUCACUCUCCACUGGCAUUGCCAUUGUCGAGAAUCACACCACUGGCAAGGGCGUCCACAAGAUCUUGGAUGCUCCUGCCAACGCACCGCCUCUCCUCGGCCACCAUGCUGAGUGGUUCAUCGCGGAGCCAGUCGACAACCAGCUCGCCAACUUCAGUACGGUUCAAUUCACCAAUGCAGUCGCCUACACCAGCGAUGGCAGGAACAUUGGCCCCGAAGAGGGUGGCGCUCUCAUUUCUACCAUUCGGGACGGCUGGAAGUUGAUGACGGACACUGUCUUGGGCACCCGUGAGCUCACAGUCACAUUUGAUCCCCGCGUUGGAAAGCGUCGCGCCAUGGAGAAGCGCACCGUGGAUCCCGUCCGCCCCGGCGGCAGUGCUGGUGUCAGGUUCGUCCAGCCUCUUGAAAAUGACAACUAUCGUGCCAUCCAGGGUACCUUCAUCGUGCCUGCGCUGUCUGUGCCGGGCGCUGCACUGGAGCGCAACUACACCGCCGUCGUCGCAGUCAAGAUCGGAGGUACUGCCCAAGAUGAUGAACCUAGCUCCUCUGUCGGUGUCAAUCUCAUCGUCGCACCCCAAAUGGGCAAUACUGUCUGGUAUGAGCCCUUCUUCAAAAUGGGUGGAGUCGAGCAUUACUUCAACGACUUCCCCAUUGCCCAAGGCGAUGUGUUGGCUCUACAGCUUGAGUUCGACAAUGCCAACGGCACCAGCGGUCGCGGUACCAUCACCAAGCACGGAAACCUCAACAGCGGCAAUGAAAGGGCAAAUGCAACCAUCACCUUGACCGGCGGAGACGUUGUUCAAGGCUAUCAUGCCGAGUGGGUGGUGACCGACCCAUUUGCAAAGAACGUGUCUGAGUUUCCGGCGCACGAGCCUUUCCCUGAUUUCGACACAGUCGAGUUUACCGAUACGCUCGUCGAGACGACAAGUGGCAGGAAGGCUGGCCCAGGAGAUGCGAACGGCAACUAUGUGGAGUCGAUGCGCAUCUACGGUCCGGGAGGUGUGCCCAUGACGGAUGUGCUGAUUGGCACUACCCUAGUGAGCAUUGUGUACAAACCUCUCCCCGAGGAGAAGUAA